AUGGGGGUGAAAAUGUUUGCAAAAUGUGCCGAUCCUAAUUGCAUUGAGACUGGGGCCCCUGGAUCUCAAAGCUUGGAUGAUGCAGGAUUCUCUUGGGAUGGACUUUCAGUAGCUGAGAUCAAAGAACCAGCCAUCAGCAUGAACGGAUCCACUAUUUCGGAGUUCAUUUUACUUGGCUUCUCCUGCUCUGGUAUUUCCUGGCUCUUCCUUUCCACCGUGGUGUUGGCCUGCUGCACCACCAGUUUUCUGGGCAACUUCCUGAUCAUGGUGACUGUGUGGUGUGAGCCCCAGCUCCUCAGCUCCCCCAUGUAUUACUUCCUAGCCAAUCUGUCUCUCAUAGAUAUAUCCUUGGGCUGUGUGGCUGCUCCUAAGUUAGCAGCUGACUUGGUGAACUGUGGUCAUUCCAUUUCCUUUGGAGGAUGCAUUGCCCAGGUUUUCUUCCUCCACCUCUUUGGGGGUACAGAGAUGCUCCUUCUCACACUCAUGGCCUACGAUCGCUAUGUGGCCAUCUACCACCCCUUAAGGUAUAUGGCCAUCAUGGACCGGCAGCGCUGCCUUGGGCUUCUCCUGGUUUGCUGGGCAGGAGGCUUUGUUCAUGCCACCAUUCAGAUGGUGGCGGUUGCCCAGUUACCAUACUGUGGCCCUAACAUACUGGACAAUUUCUUCUGUGACAUACCACAAGUGAUCAAACUAGCUUGUUCAGGAGGUUAUGCUGUCGAGAUUCUCACGGUAGCCAACAGCAGCCUGUUAACUCUGCCCUGCUUCCUCACCUUGUUGGUUUCAUAUGCCGCCAUCUUGUCCACCUUCUGUGGCCGUUUGGGGAAGGAUGGGAGGAAGGCUCUCUCCACUUGCAGCUCCCACUUGAUGGUGGUCAGUCUUUUCUAUGUGCCCAUUGUCUUUGUGUAUCUGAAGCCCUUCUCCAGCUCCCACAUGGAUAAGAUAGUCUCCAUGUUCUACAUGGUGGCCACUCCUGCCCUCAAUCCCCUCAUCUAUGCACUGAGGAACCAAGAGAUAAAGGAUGCCGUGGGCAAAUGGAAAAGCAAGCAAAAACUCUUCCCUUUUGUUGCAAAUGGAGUACAUGUGUGA